AGAGUCUCAUCGCAUCUCUCUUUUUCAUAUAGGAUUUUUUGGAGCUGGGAGCCAUGUCUGCAACAGAAAUCGUGAUACUCCACAUCCUCUUUAUUUCAGGUUCUAUGGAUUGCACAGACCUUUCCAUUACUGCACCGAAGGAGAUGGAGGCACUGAGUGGAUCCUGUUUACACAUCCCGUGUACAUUUAGUGCUACAGAAGAAAUUAAGAUUGAUAACAGAAUUGGAAUGUUGAUUAAAAUCACCCAUGAGCACCUUGGAGAAGAUCCAGAAAAUGUGAUUUUUAACAGUAAUAAGGCAAAGAACACCUAUCCAAUGAAUAUCACUGGAAACCUGAGUGAGAACAACUGCAACACUCUGUUUUCCAGUUUAAACACAAGUUACACAAACAAAUACUUCUUCAGAUUUAAGAAGAAAACAUUUAAAGCAACUGCUUCUGACGAUCCUAUUCAAAUAACAGUUAAAGAUUCUCCUCCGAGCCCCACCAUUGAGAUCCCAGGUGAUCUGAAGGAGGCGGAGUCUGUCACUGUAACCUGCUCAGCUCCAGCUCCCUGUCCACACUCCCCUCCUAAACUCACCUGGACGCUCCAACAAGACCCUCCCAACACAAUUGAGGAAAACCCAGAUCGGACCUUCACGACUAAGAUCCAGAAGACCCUCACUCUGACAGACCAACAUGAUGGAUUCAACAUCACCUGCUCAGCCAACUAUCCUGUGAAUGAAGGGAAAGAUGUGAAGACAGCAGAGGAGACAAAGACUCUCCAUGUUUCAUAUGCUGUUGGGUUGCAGGUGAUCAACAGAUUGGGACGGUAGGCCUAGAUGUUCAUUUGAUACUCAAGAUCCUGGGAAUCAUAAUGCUCGUCAGUACAAUGGUCAUCUUUGAAUGCUGGUUUAGAUCAAGACGCUCUUCUGAACCAGAGGAGGUAUCCACCAGACGAGGAGAGGUAUU